UUUUUCUUUCCUUGUGAUUCGCCAGAGCUGGACACGCCCACGCUCAUUGUUCUUCCGGGUCACGAAGAUGGCGUGCUGAGCAACAUAUUACUGGAACGACAGAAACCAUGGCUGCAACAGAGGAAGACUUCCCUCGAGGUGGGGGGGUGAAGAAGACCACCGAAAGUAAAAUUGUAGCCACACGGAUUGAGUCGGACAACCUUUUUCAGGCAAAUGAACAUAGAGAAACUAAGAAAAAGAAAAACACUUCCAAAAAUGACAGAAAGACGACGCAACAUGUUUCUGAGCAGAAAGAUGUCCUGACACUCAAUGCAGCUGCAAAAUGUGUGGAAAUACUACAUAGCAAGGAUGUAAAGGAGGGCAUGUUGAUGCUGGGAUGUGUGAAAGAUGUAUCAGACUUUGAGGUCACUGUUGGUUUACCUGGUGGCCUGCAAGGUUUCCUCAGCAUUAGGAACAUCUGUGACUCAUACACCAAGCUGCUCACUGAACAACUAGAUUCAACUGACACAGAGGAUAUUUGUUCUUUGCCACACCUCUUCUAUUCUGGCAUGUUGUUGAGAUGUGUGGUUGUCAAGUUGGAUACUACUAAGGGAGGCUUUGUCAGCAUCCAGCUGUCAAUCAAUCCAAAGCUGGUCAACAAGGCCCUCACAUCAAAUGCUCUGACGGCUGGCAUGGUGUUGAGUGGAUGUGUUGAGAGUAUUGAAGAGCAUGGCUACAUCAUUGACAUUGGCGUCACUGGAACUAAACCCUUCCUGCCCAAGAAAAGUGAAAAAGACAAACAGAACAGUAACAAUGAGCUGAAAGUGGGCCAGUAUAUGACAUUUCAACUCCAAGAAGUAAAAAACAAUGGACGUUUAGUGCGACUGUCUGUCUGCUCUUUAACUACCAGCCAAGCUUGUGCAGAAUCCCAACAGAGAUGGACUUUGACCAACCUUUUGCCAGGCCUUUUUGUCAAAGCCACUAUUACUAAGGUAACCAAACACGGACUGCUCCUGGAUUUUCUGUCUUCCUUUAGUGGUCAGGUAGACAUCCUCCACCUUGAGCGAGACAAAGCUCCCAGCUACGCCAACGGAAGCAAGGUUCAAGCUUGCGUGCUUUACAUUGAGCCAACCACCCGUGUGAUAGGAAUGAGCCUGCGUAGCUACCUUGUUCAGCCUGAGACCAGAAUCAUUACCACUCCUGCCUCCGGCGACCGCAUUGGGGAAGUGGUGAAAGACUGCAAGAUUUCCAUGCACCCCAUGUCUGGAGCCAUGUUGGAACUUCCUGACAAAACACUGGCAUUUGUACAUAGGAACCACCUGAAGGAGUCUGAUGGACCAUUAAAUGAGAACAGAGUGCUGGCUUUAUCUGAGCACACUUGCAGGAUAAUAGACUUCAGUCCAAUGGAACAAAUUCAUUUUGCAUCUCUGCGCAAGAGUGUGAUUAACAAAACCUUCUAUAGAUACCAUGAUCUUCAUGCCGGUCAGGAUGUAGAGGGGACGGUAUCAGCCAUGUUGAAUAAUGGGAUGAUGGUGCAAUUGUCUAGUCACAUUAAAGGACUGGUGCCUCUUUCCCAUCUAGCUGACAUUGUCCUAAAGAACCCUGAAAAAAAGUACAAAGUUGGCAUGGCAGUCAAAUGCCGGGUGUUGUCAGUCGAACCAGACAACAAAAAGCUGUUUUUGACAAGAAAGAAGGCCCUUGUUGAAAGCUCCCUGCCCUUGUUCCUCAGCUACAUGGACGCGCGUCCUGGACGAGUGUCCCAUGGUUUCAUUGUCUCUGUCAAAAACUUUGGCUGCAUUGUUCGAUUCUACAACAACGUCAAGGGUCUAGUGCCAGUCAAUGAGCUCAGCUCUGAAUUAAUCCUCAACCCUCAGGAGGUUUUCUAUGUUGGUCAGGUGUUGAAGACAAAGGUUCUACAGUGUGAACCAGAGAAGGAAAAGAUGCUGCUGUCAUUUAACACUGCAGUGGACGGACACACCAAAGAAGCAGCAAGAGUGCAAAUUGAAUCUGAGAGACUGGAGGCUAAGGUGGUUAAGAAGUUGGUCAAUGGUGUGGAGGUGUCCAUCCUUUCUGAUAAGAUCUGUGCCCUACUACCCACAAUCCACCUCUCUGAUCACAUGCCCAACUGCCCUCUGCUAUGGGAGAGUUUGCAGGUGGGAGAUACCAUUCCAAACCUUGCCUGCAUCUCUAAGAACAAGAAACAAAUUAUUCUCACCAAAAAGCCAUCAGUGAUAUGGUCACUGGAGGAAGGAGACGUUGCUAAGGAUUUCUCCGAGGUCACAGUUGGAAUGCAGAUGAUUGGCUGGAUCAAGAACAUCAUGGACUAUGGUGUUUUUGUCGAGUUCCCGAAUGGCCUUGUUGGUCUGGCACCAACGUCUACCAUGUCAGAUGAGUUUAUCUCUGAUACAAGGACAACAUUCCAGUUGGGCCAGACCGUGAUCGCUAAGGUGUCGAAUUUGGAUGAGGAGAAGAAGCGAAUCCUGGUUGUGUUAAAAGUUUCUGUGGUCACUAUGCCAGAAGGAGCAGUCCAAGCAAGACUUUUUAAUACUGUGCAGGAGAAACUCUCUAUGACUCAAAGGAUUUUAUUGAAAGAUGCCAGUGAUCUUCGCGAACAGCUCGCUGCCUUAUCUGUAGGCCAGAGGCUAAAGUUGGUUGUUGAUACGGUGAAGGAUGACGAUGGUGCCGACUUCAAAUCGGACGAUUUGGUUGGUGCGACCAUACUGGCCACAAAAUAUCAUACGGCAGGUUUUCAGUUGACCUCUGGACAAAAGGUUAAUUCAGUUGUCAUUUCUGUUGAUAUUUCUUCUACUACGGUCCAUGUGUCCCUUCUUCAAAAGUUGGUUGGCAAAAAGAAAACGUUGACGGAAAAGGGCAAGUACGCAGCCAUGGUGCAGCAUGUUGACAAAGACAUUGCUGUCAUCUCAUUAGAAGGCACUGCUCAUCUAACCAUCAUCCAAACACAAAAACACCUGAAUGAGAUGGAGUCAAGCAAGCUGAGAGUGGGAAUGCAUUUGGCCACUGAAGUUGUUGAACCCACCUGCGAGCAACUGCUAGGUCUCCCUCUUGUGUCGUGGCAGCGUACUGCACCCAAACGGCAGCGCAAGGCAACCAAACGGCAGCGCACGGUCUCUGAAGGAGGACACUGCUUUGGAGAAAUUGUACAGGGCAAAGUACGGACAGUGAAGCCGACCCACAUUCUGGUGACAUUAGAGGAUGGAAGCACUGGUAGUGUGCACGUGUCUGAGGUGAUGGAGGCUACAGAAGUGUCACCAGGAUCCUUCCCUACUUCCUCUGUUAAAGUAGGCAGCGUGGUCACUGGCAGAGUCAUCGGAGGACGAGACACCACCGGUCACAGAGUUUUACCCAUUUCCCAUCCGCGAUUCACAUACACGAUCCCUGAGCUCACAAUAAUACCCAGCAAAUUGGACGAGAAAGUCAAUAUCAAGUCGUCAGCAAAAGACAAAGCGGGCAGUUACCAGGUUGGGGAAGAAAUAACAUGUUAUGUUUCAAAGUUUCAUCCAGACAGCAAGACUUUGGAGCUCGCCUGUGAUCCUUGUGUCUCUGGCAGAGUCGAGCUGUUGGCCAUGAUUACCGACCCUCUUGAUUCCAGCCACCCAGAAAAGAAAUAUAAACUUGGCCAGGCGGUCAAGGCCCAAGUGGUCGAAGUGACUCUUAAUCCUCAGUGCCUUGCACUGUCACUCACAGGCUUUCAUAAACUGGAGGUAGGAAGUGUCACUUGGGCGCUGGUUACUGGUUUGCAUCAGCACAUCGGCCUCCAGGUAAAACUUCCCUUUGGUUGCAAAGGAAUUGCGGGCAUCACUGACCUCGCUGAUGCAUAUAGGCCCAGACCCUUGGCAGCAUUCAACAAGGAACAGCUGCUCAGGUGUUACCUUUUAGGCAAUGAAAAUGGCAAGUGGCUGUUGUCUCUACGACCAUCAAGGUUGAACCCAGAACGGGCCAAACCGGCAAAAGACCCAGAGGUUUUGUCCUUUAACGACCUGUGUGCAGGCCAAUUAAUUAGAGGCUAUGUCAAGUCUGUCAGUGAGCAAGGCGUCUUUAUAAGAUUGUCAAACAGCAUUACAGGAAGAGCAGAGCUUCAGCAUUCCACCAAGUACUUUGUCAUCAAGCACAAGGUCCUCUCCGAUCAUCUGCCUCCCGAUACUCUGCUGACUACAAAGAUCCUUAGUAUUGACAAAAAAGAGAAGACUGUCAACUUGUCUCUACUCCCCGAGGACACUGGGAAGGCAGACAUCCUUCCAGAAUCCCUCAAUCUGCCAUUGCGUUAUAUAGGAAAGAAGAAAAAGGAGUAUGACCUGAAAAAGAAACGCUCGCUGACUGAAUCUGAAGAGAACCAAACCGAGGCACCACCAAAAAAGAAGAAAGCACGUCCAGUAACAGUGACUGGACAGGACAGUGACAGUGGGGUUGAGGUCUACUUCAGAGAGGACGAAGAUCAUGAAAAUGUAGAAAAAACAAAACCGGCAGCAGCAAAACAGGUUCCAAAUUCUAGUGGACCAUCAAUACUGCAGGUGGCAGCUGGAUUCUCCUGGGAUGUUGGCCUGAGCUCACUGAAGCCUGCUACAGCAGACAAGGAUGCAGACUUCAGUGAUGGAGAGAACCAAGAGGAAAGCAACAAGUCUCAGAAGAAGUCUCGGUAUGAGCUACAGCAGGAGAAAAAGGUAGCAGAGAAAGCUCUGGUGCAGCGGGAGAUGGACCUGAUGGACCCUCAGCUCAGGCCUCAGGAUGCAACAGCAUUUGAGCGCCUCCUGCUGGCCUCGCCCAACAGCUCACUCCUCUGGCUUCAGUAUAUGGCUCACCACCUGCAAGCCACGCAGAUUGAGCAGGCCCGUGCUGUGGCCGAGAGGGCCCUUAAAACUAUUUCUUUCAGAGAGGAGCAGGAGAAGCUGAAUGUGUGGGUUGCUCUCCUAAACCUGGAAAAUAUGUACGGCACAGAGGAGAGCCUCAAGAAAGUGUUUGAGCGGGCCCUGCAGUUCUGCGAGCCCAUGCCCGUCUACCAGCGGCUGGCUGACAUCUACGUCAAGUCUGACAAGAUCAAGGAGGCAGAAAACCUGUAUAAGUCAAUGGUGAAGCGUUUCCGUCAAAACAAGGCGGUAUGGCUGAGCUAUGGUAACUUCCUGCUUCAGCUGGGGGAGAGUGAUUCUGCCACCGCUCUCCUGCAGAGGGCGCUCAAGAGUCUCCCUACCAAAGAAAGUGUGGAUGUGAUUGCCAAAUUUGGCCAAAUGGAGUAUCGCUAUGGUAAUGCUGAAAAGGGUCACGCAAUGUUUGACAAAGUCUUGACAAGCUACCCCAAACGCACGGAUAUCUGGUCAAUUUUCAUUGACUUAGUGGUCAAGCAUGGGACACAGAAGGAAGUCAGGGCUCUCUUUGAUCGUGUCAUCCACCUGAGUGUGUCGGCGAAGAAGAUCAAGUUAUUUUUCAAGCGCUACCUGGAGUACGAGAAGAAACACGGCACGCCGCAAAGCGUGGAGGCAGUUAAAAAGAAGGCUGUGGCUUUUGUGGAAGGCAAAGGCAAACAUGAUUUCCACUAAAGACCAAGUGUACAAUUUCAUAUUGUAAGCGUUGGGAAUUGUUCCUGCACAUUCUUAAUAAGAUUCAACAACAUUCUGACAUUUGUUUUGGACUGAAUUCCUGGAACCUGAAGAUUUAAACCCUUUGUAAAAAAAAAUUUUAAAAAGUGUGCAUUUAUCUUCAGCAAAAAUGCUCAACCAACAUUUUGCAUUUCAUCUCAAUUCUUUUAACAUUUGUUUCAUUAUGAAUUUUUCCUGUGACUCAAUAAAUCUACCACUAUUACAAUACAUUACAUUACAUUUUAUUUAAAAGCAACAAAUACAAAAUAACAAUAUACAGGGACACAUUUAGUACAAUACAUACAGGCUAGUUUACUAUCCAUCUUUCAAAAGAAACCUUCCUUGGACACACAAUCUGAAACGUUGCCUACGUACAUCCGUCCUGCUGGUUGCGUCAUCCAGACGGCGAGGCUUCCAUUUGACUGCUUGGGUGUUUCAGCGACCCACACUGUGGCAGUAUUGAUUGUAAAAUGCAUGUGGGGUUAAUGUGUGGACUAUUUGUGCUGGCUGGUUUGGUAACACCCGUGAGGUGGAAGAGGUAUCUGUACCACCGCUCCUGUUGUUCUAUUGUCCAGCAGUGCAGAACUCUGUUGUCCCUUUUCCAGUCAGGCUGUUGCUGAGCAGUGUGUUAUGGGAGUUAAGCUGUAAAGAAAAUAUCCCUUCUUUUGAUCUUAUACCAAAUCUUCUGUCAAUUCCACCCCGUUUGUAAUAUUGCUUAAAAGUCAGCAGCAUCACGGCCACCUGGGAUCAUAAACAGAUAUUUUUGCGAGAUGUCCUGUGAGUCGAUGGUCAUCUCGAGUCGUGUUUUAAAUGGAUGUGUUCUUUUUUU